GAUGAUUGCAAAUGUAACUGAUAUUGAGAAUGUAUUUCUCUGCUAUCCUCUUCUGCUGGACUCCUGUCCCAGAGCUCAUCGACUUCCCAUCCUUAAAGUGGCGAUGUAUGUUUUCAUGGUGCUGAUGAUCCUCACAACAGUUUUUGGGAACCUGCUGAUCAUCAUCUCCAUCUCUCACUUUAAACAGCUUCAGUCUCCAACUCAUCUGAUCGUUCAGUCGCUGGCAGCUUGCGACUGUCUCCUGGGUUCUUUGGUCAUGCCGUACAGCAUGGUGCGAUCUGUUGAAGGCUGCUGGUAUCUGGGAGAUGUUGUGUGUAAAGUGCAUUCUAGUUUGGACAUGACUUUCAGCAUCUCUUCCAUAUUGCAUCUCAGUUUAAUUGCUAUUGACAGGUACUGGGCCAUUUGUGACCCUCUGAGGUACAGAAUGAGGCUUUUCUGUUGUGUUUACAGGGGAGCUAUCAUGAGCUCACUGUACAUGAGCAUCUUCAAUGUUGUGAAAAAACAUGUCAAAGUCCUGUCAGAGAAGGUGUCUGUUGCCUCUGCUGUAGGCGGUAAUUGCCAAACCUCUUCACAGAGAGAGAGGAAAGCAGCUAAAACUCUGGCCAUUGUCAUGGGUGUUUUUUAUCUCUGCUGGUUGCCUUUUUUUGCUGCCACUGCUAUUGACCCUUUCCUUAAUUUUGUAACUCCUGUUGAUGUUUUUGAUGCUUUGGUUUGGUUUGGAUAUUUUAACUCCACUUGUAACCCCUUGAUCUAUGGUUUUUUCUAUCCCCGCUUCCAGAAGGCCUUUAAGUACUUGAUUAGAAAAAUCUUUUCUAAUUAUUAUCAUCGCAGUUUUCAUGACACAAGUUAA